AACUUCUCUCUUUCCCAUGGAACUGAAAAAGCUGCCAUCUUCCACAACAGCACCAUCAUCCACCACCGUCAAUUUUGCCCUUUCGAUACCAUGGCAGCUUCUGCAGCUGCGGCUAUAGGCUCCUCAUUCUCUUCCUCCAUCAACACUCUCAAGUGCUUUCGUUCAUCCAAGAACUUGUCCUGUGAACCCCUUCUCAGAAUUUCAUCAAACCGCGUGUUGGCGUCUGUGUCACAAUCGCACUUGGUGGAACCACUUUCCUUUGAUAGCAAUUUCAACAAAUUGUGGGUGCCUAGGGUAUCUGCACAGGAAGAGCUUGUAGUGGCCGAUGAGAUUGAUGCUGGUCUAGCUGAAGAGAAUGAGGAGGGCGAAAAGGAAGUGGUAGAAGAAGGAGAGGCGGAAGUCUCUGUCAACACUAAGCUUUAUUUUGGGAACUUGCCUUACAGUGUCGAUAGCGCACAACUUGCAGCGAUAAUUCAGGAUUAUGGCAGCCCAGAACUAAUUGAGGUUCUUUACCACAGGGAAACUGGAAAAAGCAGAGGAUUUGCGUUUGUCACAAUGAGUAGUGUCGAAGAUUGUUAUACAGUCAUAGAAAACCUUGAUGGAACUGAAUACUUGGGUCGAACCCUGCGAGUGAACUUCUCCGACAAACCUAAACCAAAAGAACCCCUGUACCCUGAAACUGAACAUAAGCUUUUUGUUGGGAACCUGUCAUGGUCUGUGACUUCUGAGAGUCUGACAAAAGCUUUUCAAGAAUAUGGAAAUGUGGUUGGAGCUAGGGUCUUAUAUGAUGGGGAAACGGGAAGAUCUCGUGGUUAUGGCUUUGUUUGCUACUCAACCAAAUCAGAAAUGGAAGCUGCCCUUACAUCCUUGAAUGGAGUGGAACUGGAAGGACGAGAAAUGCGUGUAAGCUUGGCUGAAGGGAAACGAUCACAAAGUCAAUAGAAAUUGAAGGAGGCUCUAAGAUUUUUACUAAUAGUGCCUAAGAAAUUAGAAAGGAAGGCCUUUUAGCCCUCUACACCAAUCAUGAUGCAAAUUCUUCAGUUGGCUGAGGAAUUCCUCUUGCAUUUCUUGCUGUCUAAGCAAAAUUAUUUCCACCCAACUUCAAGAAAGAUAGUUGAAAUUCUGUGCAACAUCUCUUGCUAAUUCUAACUUUGAUUGUGUUUGGAUUC